AUGGAGAUCUCAGUCACCACAGAGGACUAUGACAUGACCACAGAAUACGAAUAUGGGGAUACAACCCCGUGUCAGAAGGUGGAUGUGAGGGCCUUGGGGGCCCAGCUGCUGCCCCCUCUGUACUCGCUGGUGUUUGUCAUUGGCGUGGUUGGCAAUGCCCUGGUGGUCCUGGUCCUCUUGCAGCACAAGAGGCUCAGAAGCAUGACCAGCAUCUACCUCCUCAACCUGGCCAUUUCUGACCUGCUCUUCCUCUUCACGCUGCCCUUCUGGAUUGACUACGAGUUGAAGAAUGACUGGAUUUUUGGUAAUGUCAUGUGUAAGCUCCUCUCUGGGCUUUACUACGUAGGCUUGUACAGCGAGAUCUUCUUCAUCAUCCUGCUGACGAUCGAUAGGUACCUGGCCAUCGUCCAUGCUGUGUUUGCCUUGCGGGCCCGGACAGUCACCUUUGGCAUUAUCACCAGCAUCAUCGUCUGGGCCCUGGCCAUCCUGGCUUCCAUCCCAGGCUUGUACUUUUCCAAGACUCAGCAGGAGUUCACUCAUGACACUUGCAGCCUUCAUUUUCCUCAUGAAAGCCUAAGAAAAUGGAAACAGUUUCAGGCUCUGAAAAUGAACUUCUUGGUCCUGGUCUUGCCUCUGUUGGUCAUGAUCGUUUGCUAUACAGGGAUUAUAAAGAUUCUGCUCAGACGACCAAAUGAGAAGAAGUCCAAAGCUGUCCGUCUGAUUUUUGUCAUCAUGCUCAUCUUCUUUCUCUUUUGGACGCCCUACAAUCUGACUGUAUUCAUUUCUGCUUUCCAAGACUCCCUGUUCACCAGUCACUGUGAGCAGAGCAAAGACCUGGACAUGGCCCUGCAAGUGACAGAGGUGAUCGCCCACACACACUGCUGCGUCAACCCGGUGAUCUAUGCCUUCGUCGGUGAGAGGUUCCGGAAGUACCUGCGCCAGUUGUUCCAGAGGCACAUGGCUGUGCACCUGGCUAAAGGGCUUCCCUUCCUCUCCACAGACAGGCUGGAGAGGACCAGCUCCAUGUCUCCCUCCACGGGGGAGCACGAACUCUCCGCUGGGUUUUGA